UAACGUACACGGAAGCAGGAAGUGGAGAGCUCCAACAAGUCACUUCAGUUGUGUUGCGGUGGCUCUUUUGAAACUCCCUACCCUCAUGGCGGACUCUGAAGGUCCGAACCGCACUAAGACGGCAGUGUGGACCUGGACGCUUCCCCUGCUGGUCUUGACUGCAUUAAUUGCACCGACUAUCGCGGUGUCCGAGCUGGGGAAAUGGGUCCUGGACGUCGACAGUGAUACUUUGAAGACACACAACUAUUUUGUCUUUGCCAAAACCCUCUUCAACAGCAGCGUCAUCCAUGUCAAAUUGGCAGGGAACUGUAACUCUUCCCCUGCGGUCCACUUGAACAUUUCAUGGUUCCUGAGGAACUCCCACUGCUAUGAUGAAGUCUUCAAUGUGGAUGCAGUACAAGCAGAAAGUUACUUCCGGUUGACAGAGGUCAAAUCCGGAGGAGGAAGUGGAUUCUACAUGUUUCACCAGUACCCGCGCAUCACCUGCCAGCCUAAUCUUGGCCCCAAUAUAUUGGGCCUUGACGUGUAUGAGACGAAGAGACGACUGACUGAAGUGCAACCAGUCGCAGAGCAGAUCUCAGGCAGGAGGCGGAGAGAGGCAGAGCCACCAAAACCAAAGUCUGCUGAAGCCGACAAGGAGAAGAAGACUCCUGCAGGAGACGCUGGCGUACCUCCUAAACAGGAUCAUGCGCACACUCACUUUGACGCGGUGGCCGAGAGUUGGGAGGACGGACCGUACAUGUUCAUUGUCCACAUCAGAGAGAUCAAAGACAACAACCAAGAGCCAGACCCCGCACAUGCCCCACCACCCUGGAGUCUGCAGCUUCAAGUGAGCAUGAAAGGGCCUCAUGACUUCAUCUCAGCCUCUGAAUGGCCGCUCAUGCUGUUCUACAUGGUCAUGUGCAUCGUCUAUGUACUGCUGGCGCUCUUGUGGUUGAUCCUGUCUGCGUGCUACUGGAGGGACCUGCUGAGGAUCCAGUUCUGGAUCGGAGGAGUCAUCUUCCUGGGAAUGUUGGAGAAAGCCAUCUGCUACGCCGAGUUUCAGAGCAUCAGAUAUGACGGCGUGUCCGUCCAGGGGGCGGUAGUGUUUGCUGAGGUGCUCUCUGCCGUCAAGAGGACGCUGGCCCGCGUGUUGGUGAUCAUCGCCAGUUUGGGAUACGGCAUCGUCAAACCUAGACUGGGUGCGCUGCUUCACCGUGUGGUUGGCGUCGGCCUGCUCUACUUGAUGUUUUCUGUUGUCGAAGGCAUCCUACGAGUCAGUGCCGAUCGAGGCGACAACACCAGCAGCAUACUGUUGUGCGACGUUGUGCUCGCCUUCACAGACUCGUGUGUGUUCUGGUGGAUCUUUGUGAGUCUGGCUCAGACCAUGAAGCUGCUCCGGCUAAGGAGGAACGUCGUCAAGCUCUCGCUUUACAGACACUUCACCAAUACACUCAUCUUCGCUGUCAUUGCAUCAGUCAUCUUCAUCAUUUGGACCACCAAGACCUUCAAGAUGUCCAAAUGUCAGUCUGACUGGCGCGAGCUUUGGAUUGAUGAUGCUUUCUGGCGCUUUCUGUUCUCCAUCAUCCUGUUGGCCAUCAUGUUCCUGUGGCGACCAUCAGCCAAUAAUCAGAGGUACGCAUUCAGCCCUCUGAUUGACCAUGAAGAGAGCGAUGAAGAGGACGGCGAGGAGGAGGAGCCUAUGAUAAAUGAAGCUUUUGAGGGCAUGAAGAUGAGGGGCAUGAAGAACGACACCAACGGUGCAGCCAAGGCCAACAAAGUGGAUGAGGACCUCAAAUGGGUGGAGGAGAACAUCCCAUCAUCCAUGGCUGACGUCGCCCUGCCUCCCCUGCUGGACUCGGACGAGGAAACCAAGACCACCAGGUUUGAGAUGUCCAAGAUGGAGUGAGUUGCUUUGGGAAGAGAGAAAGAGGGGGAAUAAGGGAAACAGGAAGCAGUGAUGUGUGAUUCAUCUCCAACUUUAUGAGCUUUGUAAGCAUCAAUUGGACAAACACUCACCGUGGCUUUUUAAAAAUCAUUGUAUUUAUUUACAUGGACACACAAACUUAUAGACGGUGUAUUUUGACAGCUGUAAAAAAAAAAAAAAAGUGUCAAGUGUCAGUUGUGUCCACUGUUGCCAUGGGAGCAGCACCCACACUGCUGUCUUGUGUGUGUGUUUGCGUGCGCGCGUGUGCGUCUCUUUUGGGUUCUGUUUAGACUGUUGAUGAUCUGAUUGUGUCUUUAUAAAAAUAUAUGAUGCUUUCAUUUAAGA